AUGGAAGAAUCUGGCUCCCUGGGACUGGAUGGACUGAUUGCUCAAGAAGCACAAGGUUACUUCAAGGGGGUUGAUGCCGUGACCAUAUCCGAUAACUAUUGGUUAGGAACUACAAAGCCAGUGUUGACCUAUGGUUUGAGAGGAGUUAACUACUACCAGAUCACCGUCAAUGGGCCAGCUGCUGACUUGCACUCUGGUUUGUUUGGUGGUAUCGUUGCUGAGCCAAUGACAGAUCUGGUCAAGCUGCUUGCAACCUUGGUGGACACUAAGGGGAAGAUCCUGAUCAAGGGUAUUGAUGAACAGGUUAAGCCGUUGACAGAGCAAGAGGAUAAGCUCUACGACGAUAUUGAAUUUGACGUUGAAGUGCUCAACCAGGCUACUGGUGGGUCCAUCCCUAUCACUUUGACCUUUGAAAAGGAACUGAAGACAUCUGUUUUAUUGUUGCCUGUGGGUAGAGGUGAUGAUGGUGCUCACUCAACAAACGAAAAGCUGGAUAUCUCCAACUACAUCGAAGGUACAAAGACUCUGUCUGCUUACUUGCACUACUACGCUCAAGGCUCCAAAUAA